AUGUCAUUAACUAGAGCUUUUAUUAUUAGCUUAUUUAUACAAAUUAUAUAUACUUUCAAUAUUGACAUUCAUUCACCACUUAAUAAGUUCGGACCAGAAAAUUCAUAUUUUGGUUAUUCAGUUGCUCAACAUUACUCCAGAGACAAAUCAGUAAUUCUUGUUGGAGCUCCAAGAGCACAAUCCAGACAAGUUGGAACAACACAAGCAGGAGCCAUUUAUUCAUGUCCUAUUAAUACGCAUUCGAAAAAGGGAGGAAAAGAAUGGUGCUCUCUUGUAAAUGCUGAAUAUGAAGAAGAGAGUGGCUAUUCGAAAACACCCGACAUGACUUCUGUCCAAGGGAAACAAUUCCAUUACUUAGGAAAAGAUGGACAACUGUUAGGAGCUGUCGUAGCAUCUCAAGCCGUCAAAGGAGGAAACGCUGUUGUAUGCUCUCCAUUAACGCGAUUCCACAACAUGAGUGGUUACGUCCAAGGCGCUUGCUACGAGUUAGACACUGAUUUGAGGAUGAAAACCUUAUAUUCCACAUGUAUGCAAAAGAACGUACCCAAAAGCUUGCGUCACAAUGAAUUCGGAGGUUGCAUGGAAGGAAUAUCAGCCACUAUAACCAAUAACACAAUAAUCACUGGUGUUAUUGGAGCACUCAAAUGGACAGGAGGAGUUUUCGCCAAAUGGUCAGAAGGAGAUCCAUUCGGUGAUAGUAAAGAGAAGUACACCAUGGCCAGUGGGGAUAGGGAAGGUAUCAGAUCGAUGCUCACAAGUCAUGAUUACCUCGGCUAUUCGGUGAAUGUCGGUCGUUUCGGUUUUUGGUAUGAAGAUCCAAGUAGAAAAGGUUCUCAAACCAUCGUAUCUGGAGCAACUCGUUCUGGUCAGCACGGAGCUGUUCUUUUCCUGCCAUUCAACAAUGAGGAUCACUCAGAUACAUUGGGCCCGGUUGAAGAUCAUUUUGUUCUGAAUGGAACAAAGAUGGGCUCUGCGUUUGGAUAUUCCACCGCAGUUUUAGAUAUUAAUAACGACGGAUUUGACGACUUGGUCGUGUCAGCUCCGUUUGAACAUCGCUCUGACACUGAUGGUCAUUUCGGAGGAAUAGUGUAUGUAUAUUUCUCUCAGGGAAUACAACGUGCCAAGUCUGAGUCCCACUUGGUUUUCCAUCCUCCUGUAGUUCUCAAAGGACCUCCCCAUUUUUCUCAAUUCGGUCUUGCAAUAACCAAAUUAGGAAAUUUGGAUGGAGAUAAGAAUGGCUAUCAAGAUUUUGCCGUAGGAGCACCGUAUUCGAACGAUGGUUCAGGAAGUGUUUAUAUCUUCUUGGGAGCUAAAAGUCCGAAAAAGAUGAGAAGAAAACCAGCACAGAUUAUCGACGGUUCUCAGUUACCUAACAUGGGUGAAGAACCGAUAAGAUCGUUUGGUUUUUCUCUCUCCGGUGGAAUGGAUGUAGACAAUAAUGGAUACCCCGAUCUAGUUGUUGGUUCAGUUCUACAGAACUCAAUAACAGUUUUGAGAUCUCGCCCUGUUAUUUCCAUCGUAGCAAGCCACAAAACAGAAUCAGAGUACGUAGACAUUGAGAAAGGUUCAAACUGUCCUCGCGGUUCAAAAACUUGCUUCCCAUUGAAAUUGGAAAUUUUUGUUGAUGCGGAGAGUAAACGAGGAGCGGAUUUGAUAGAUUUUUCAGCCGACGUGUUUACUUGUAACCUCGAGGUUAUACCGACAUCCAAACAAUUCCGUACUAGAGCCCUAAUCGAAGGCAACCAUUCAACGAAUAUGAGUUGGCCAUGCGGUAAAGGAGCUCAUAAUAACAAACGAGUAUAUAGAGAGACAAUCUACAUACCGGACGAUGACGUUUCGAAAGAUUGGAUUAAUCCACUCAAAUUCCGAUUCACAGUUAGAAUAAUGAACGAACGAACACCACCACAAGCUAUUGAAGGAAGACCUGUAACUGACUUGAGACAAUACCCAAUACUUAACAAAUACGGAGCGAGUUAUGAGUUCCAGAUUCCAUUCAACACUAGAUGUGGAGAUGACCAUGUCUGUAACUCUGAUCUCUCUUUACGUGCUGUAUUUGCUGGAAUUCCAAAAACCGAGAAAGGAUACGUUAUGAAUGUUGGUAACCGAGACCAUCUAGACAUUUCUGUGACAGUCGAAAACAAAGGAGAGAAGGCUUAUCAAGCAGCUAUGUACCUCAAGUUUGAUCCGGAAGAAUUGGAGUUACCAACAGUUGUUGGAUCAAAGAAGCUCACGUUUGAAACUGUAGGAAAGAACUAUGUAGUUGUACACCUUGGAAAUCCCAUGGAUGGAAAGGCCAAGCAUCAAUUCGACAUCCGUUUGAAACUCGUACGUGGUCGUACUGAGGGUAUAGGAAGACCUCUGGUAUUCUCGGCUCUUGUGAACUCUACAUCAGUCGAUACUAACAAAGAAGACAAUGAGUGGACCACUGAAGUUCAAAUCAUAAAGCAAGCAGAACUCGAGCUGAUCGGUAUCAGUGAACCAUCUUUCGUUUUAUAUGGAGGACAGAAUAACGGCGCUAUAGAACUAGAAGAAGACAUCGGUUUCAUGAUCCGUCAUAACUACACAGUUCACAACUUGGGACCAUGGACAGUGAGAAAUGUACGAGCCGAGUUCCAGUGGCCGUAUCAGAUAGCAUCAGAGGGUUCUAAGAAGAAAUGGGGUUUAUAUCUUUUGGAUGUGCCAACAGUUACUAUGCACAAUACUGAUGGAACAACAGAAAUAAGACGAUGUUCCGUAGAAAGGAAACUGGAAUACAUCAACCCAAUGGAUAUCAAACUUAAUACCAAGUAUACCUCCCAAGAAACUAUUCCCGCCAGACAAGACAAACAUGACAAACGCGCGAAGAGAGAUGCCGGAUCUGUCGUCGAGAAUACGCUUGCUACUGCAAGUUUCGGCCGCGAUCGAGUCGAACCGAAGAAGCGAUUUGAAAGUGGAUAUGACAUUGACGUCGUCACUAUAAGCUGUGUGGAUAACACCGCCAAAUGCUUCAACGUUGUUUGUCAUUUUGAUUUCAUUGAUGCUAAUUCUGCUCCGGUGAUAGACUUCCGGGCUCGGUUAUGGAAUUCAUCGUUCGUCGACGAUUACUAUGAUGUAGCUUAUGUGGAAGUAGUUUCGUCAGGAAAAAUAAUAUUGGAUAGCACAGAGGGAAUCGAGGAUGAUCCUUCCAAUAACAUUGCUUAUAUCAAAACCAUAGCUUAUCCCGAUCGGCCAGCUAUCGGCGUAGUUAUUCCUCUGUGGAUUAUUCUAGCUUCCGUUGCAGCCGGACUUUUCAUUCUCUUACUCUUCGUAUUAUGUUUAUGGAAGUGUGGCUUCUUCAAACGAAAGCGAGUUGGAGAACCAUCACUUCAUAGAGCUCAGUUAACACACGAACGAGAACAGUGGGCUCAAUCGCGGAUGUAA